AUGGGUUCUCUUGCCAACGGCUCCCAGCCUACUUUCCUCUUCACCUCCGAGUCCGUCGGGUUCCCCCUCCCCUCCCCUCAGGUUCUUCCGGUCAUACUGCAGUUUGCCCCUGAGUCUUGCGACCAGGUCUCCGAUGCUAUCCUCGAUGCCUGCCUGGCGGAGGACCCCCUCUCCAAGGUUGCUUGCGAGACCGCCACCAAGACUGGUAUGAUUAUGGUCUUCGGUGAGAUCACCACCAAGGCCAACCUGGACUACCAGAAGAUCAUCCGUGGCGCUAUCAAGGACAUCGGCUACGAUGCCUCCGAGAAGGGCUUCGACUACAAGACUUGCAACGUCUUGGUUGCCAUUGAGCAACAGUCCCCCGAUAUCGCUCAGGGUCUUCACUACGAAGAGGCUCUUGAGAAGCUCGGUGCCGGUGACCAGGGUAUCAUGUUCGGUUAUGCCACCGACGAGUCCCCUGAGCUCCUCCCCCUCACCAUCCUGUACUCCCACAAGCUCAACGCCGCCAUGAAGGCUGCCCGUAACGACGGCUCCAUCCCCUGGUUGCUGCCCGACACCAAGACCCAGGUCACCAUUGAGUACGCCCACGAUAAUGGUGCCGUCAAGCCCCUGCGCGUCGACACCGUCGUCAUCUCCGCCCAGCACUCUGAUGAUGUCUCCACCGAGGAGCUCCGUGCUGUCCUCAAGGAGAAGAUCGUCAAGAAGGUCAUCCCCGCCAACCUGCUCGAUGACCGCACUGUCUACCACAUGCAGCCCUCCGGCCGCUUCGUCAUCGGUGGUCCCCAGGGUGACGCCGGUCUGACUGGCCGUAAGAUCAUUGUCGACACCUACGGUGGUUGGGGUGCCCACGGUGGUGGUGCUUUCUCCGGAAAGGACUACUCCAAGGUCGACCGUUCUGCUGCCUACGUCGCUCGCUGGAUCGCCAAGUCCCUCGUCAACGCCGGUCUCGCCCGCCGUGCCCUUGUCCAGCUCUCCUACGCCAUUGGUGUCGCUGAGCCCCUUUCCCUGUUCGUCGAGACCUACGGUACCUCCAAGAAGACCUCCGAGGAGCUGGUCCAGAUCAUCCGCAACAACUUCGACCUGCGCCCUGGUGUCAUUGUCAAGGACCUGGACCUGGCCAAGCCCAUCUACUCCCAGACCGCCAAGAACGGUCACUUCACCAACCAGAGCUUCACCUGGGAGCAGCCUAAGGCCCUCAAGUUCUAA